GGUGGGGGGGGGAGAGCAACAAAAAAAAAAAACUCACAGCCAACACAGAACCGUCAAGCAAACACAGUCGUUGCCACACGGAUUUGUGCACCUUCGUUUUUUGACUCUCAAGAAGCUGACGGUGGAAUAUCGAAGCCGUUGUCAUCACUGCGAGCACAUCUACGGUGGCCUUUAGCACCUCCAGAGGCCAGAUCCCGAGUGUCACAGAUUCAGAGAGAUUUGCAUUUUUAAUUUUUUUCCUCUCACCAAGAGCUAUUUUUCUCACUCUCCCCUGCGAUCUCUCAUCCCAUCUGUUGGCGCACUUGUGCAAAGGCUGUUUCAUAAGCAUCAUCUUUUUCGCAAUUUAAUUGGAGCCUUGUUGGAUUGACAACCUCUGCUUUUUGGUCACAUUUAAUACUUUUUACAGCCAUUUAAUAAUCUGCAACUUUUUGAAAACCCUCAAAGGGCUCAAAGCCUUUUGAUCCGACCAUAUUUUUAGGGGGGUAGAAAAAGCAAUGAAAUUCUCUCCUUAGUUCUUGUAACUAUCAGCCAUUAACCAUGAUUCACCUGUGUAUACACAGCAGUCCCACUUAAAUUAAAGCUCCGCCUGUUUUUCCUCGGCUGACACCGUAAUAAAGCGGUUCCAGCCUCAUCCUACUCAAGCAUGAGUUAUGAUGAUUCUAAAUCAAUGGCGAGGGCCGACGAGGAAAUCCCCGACCACGGCGAGGAGUCAGACGGGUUAAACUCUCCAAAAAGCGGUCCCCCCAGUGCCGGCGUCGGCGCUCAGGAGCGGGAAAGGGGCGCCAACUCCGACGACAUGGACGGGCUCUCCAGCGGGAACGACUCCGGGGAGAGGGAGAGCGAAGGCGGGAUGGACAGAGACGGCGGGUCGCACGGGCGCCAGUCCGUGCGCAGCUCCCACAGCUCGUCGAACGGCAAGGACUCCGGCAUGAUGCUGGAAAGCGGAGAGAGCAACAAGAGCUCCAACUCCCAGAGCCUCUCGCCUCCCAGCAGCUCGCUGGCCUACAGCCUGCUGUCGACCAGCUCGGAGCACGACCCCCCCUCCACCUCCGGCUGCAGCAGCAACCAGUCGGCGCGGGUCCAGACCCAGAAGGAUCUGAUGAAGGCCAUCAAGGAGCUGAAGCUGCGUCUGCCCACCGAGCGCAGGGCCAAGGGCCACACCAGCACUCUAAACGCCCUCAAAUACGCACUGCAGUGUGUUAAACAAGUCCGAGCCAACAAGGAGUACUACCAUCAGUGGAGCGUGGAGGAGUGUCACGGCUGCAGCCUGGACUUGUCUGCCUUCACCAUUGAGGAGCUUGACAACAUCACUUCAGAAUACACCCUCAAAAACACUGACACUUUCUCUAUGGGCGUGUCAUUCUUGUCCGGAAAGGUGGUGUACGUAUCGCCCCACGGCUCCUCCCUGCUGCGCUGCAAGCCAGAGCGUCUCCAGGGCACCAUGUUUUCGGAGCUUUUGGCGCCGCAGGACGUCAGCACUUUCUACAGCGGCACGGCGCCCUGCCGCCUGCCCAACUGGGCCUCCUGCAUCGGAUUCGCUUCUCCGCCAGUGGACUGCACUCAGGAGAAAUCCAUGUUCUGCCCGAUCAGCGCGGACCAGGCGCAGGCCGGCGAGAUGCGCUACUACCCCUACCGCCUCACGCCCUACCAGCUCACCAUCAGAGACUCGGACGAGGCGGAAGCCCAGCCCUGCUGCUUGCUCAUCGCAGAGAGGGUUCACUCUGGAUACGAAACUCCUCGUAUCCCUCCAGAGAAGAGGAUCUUCACCACCAGUCACACUCCCAGCUGCCUCUUCCAGGAAGUUGAUGAGAGGGCGGUGCCGUUGUUGGGCUAUCUGCCCCAGGACUUGGUGGGGACCCCCAUCCUCCUCUACAUCCAUCCUGAAGACCGGCCCUUAAUGGUGGCUAUACACGAGAAGAUCUUUCAGUUUGCCGGACAGCCGUUCGAGCACGCGCCCUUGAGGAUGUGCGCCCGCAACGGGGAAUACCUGACCAUCGACACCAGCUGGUCUUCCUUUGUCAAUCCCUGGAGCCGGAAGGUGGCGUUUAUCGUCGGGCGCCACAAAGUCAGAACGAGCCCUCUGAACGAGGACGUGUUCACCACGGCGCAGUGCUGCGAGACCCGGGCCACCACGCCCGACGUGGUGCGGCUGAGCGAGAAGAUCCACCGGCUCCUGGCGCAGCCGGUGCACAGCGGCAGCUCCCAGGGCUACAGCUCCCUCGGGUCCAGCGGCUCGCGGGCCUCCCGGCGUUCGCCCCAGCGGUGCCUCGGCACCUCGGACGCCUCGUCCAGCGACAGCAGCGGCCCCGCCGCGGCCAAGGCCGCCGCCGCCGCCGCCGUUUCCCGGAAACCUAUGACUUUCCAGCAGAUCUGCAAAGACGUCCACAUGGUCAAGACCAACGGACAGCAGGUGUUCAUCGAGUCCCGCAACCGCCCUCUGCCUAGAAAAAACACAAGCACAGGCACAACAGGCAUGCGAGCGAUCAGCAGCGACCCAAUCCGAAGUUUGAUAGCCGACAUGACGAAACCCCCCACACCUUUGGUCCCGGCGCCGCUUGUGCCGAAGGAGCCCCCCACCGGCUACUCCUACCAGCAGAUCAACUGCCUGGACAGCAUCAUCAGGUACUUGGAAAGCUGUAACAUUCCUAACACCGUUAAAAGGAAGUGUGGCUCCUCCACGUCUGACGAGGACAAACCGCUGGAGGCCGGCAGCAACACAGGUGGUUCAGUUAACCUUGUAAGUGAACCACCUCCUCUGCCUCCCCUGACCAUGGCCACAAAGGCAGAGAGUGUAGCCUCAGUCACGUCGCAGUGUAGCUUCAGCAGCACCAUCGUGCAUGUGGGAGACAAGAAGCCUCCUGAGUCAGACAUCAACAUGGAGGAGGCUCCUCCUACAACCACGCCAGCUCCACCCGCAACAACACUUCUCGCCAUUAAGGCGAUCGCCUUCCCUUCUUUACCUCCUCAAGCUGCUCAGCCAGAGAGGGACAGCCGUUGCAGUGUGGGAGGAGGAGGAGGAGGCCGCAUGGGUCUCACCAAGGAGGUGCUAUCCGCCCACACCCAGCAGGAGGAGCAGGUAUUCCUCGACCGCUUUAAGGACCUCAGCAAGCUGCGUGUUUUCGAUCAGGCGGCAUCCUCCCCCCUGCACGGUCAGACCCCAGCUGCCAACCCCCUGUCUCGAGGAGCGCGCUGUUCUCGGGAUUACCCCGCCGCGGGAAGCAGCACCAGUCGCCGGCGGGGCGGCAAAAGACUCAAGCACCAGGAGUCUUCCGACCAGCAGAGCUCCCUGGGUCUCGACCCGAGGGCCGGCGCGGCUCCCCUGCCUCUCAACGUCCCCGUCGGCCCCCCGACAAACUCCUCCUCCUGGCCGUCUGUGGGCUCUCAGGCUGGCAUUCCCGCCGCGCCCUUUGCUCCCGGCAUGCUUCCAAUCUACCCCGUUUACCCGCCGCUCGCCCAGCCCUUGUCCGUGCCAGACGCGUCGCCUUUCCCCCCCGCCCAGAUGGUGCCUCCAAUGGUGGCCCUCGUCCUUCCCAACUACAUGUUCCCUCAGAUGGGAGUGCCCAUCUCUCAGCCGGGCCCCGUCCCCGGACACUUCUUCAAUCCGAACUUCACGUACCCGGCCGCCACCCACGGCUCCCUCCCCCCCGGCGUCGUUUCAAACUCCUUACCGAUUCAGGCCACCUGCGCCCCGUCCCGCAGCAGCACCCCGCAGUCCUACAGCCAGACGCCUGCUGACCGCGAGGGCGCAGAGUCCCCCCUCUUCCAGUCCAGGUGCUCGUCGCCGCUCAACCUCUUGCAGCUGGAAGAAACGCCCAGCGGCCGCUUAGAGGUCACCACGGCCCUGGUGGCGGCACAGCAAGCCACGCCUUCUGUGCACGGCGGUGCGGCCGGGGUUCAGAGCUCUGCCAACCAGAGGAGCUCUGACGAUAGCUCCAAGGAGAACGGUGAAGCGAAUGAGUCCAACAACGAUGCCAUGUCCACCUCCAGCGACCUGCUGGACAUGUUGCUACAGGAAGACGCCCGCUCAGGCACCGGCUCCGCGGCCUCCGGGUCAGGGUCGUCAGGCACGAGGUCGUCUGGUUCAGGCUCCGGCUCAAACGGCUGCAGCUCCUUUGGCACCAGUGGCAUGAGCAGCAGCCAGGGCAGCCACACCAGCAAGUACUUUGGCAGUAUCGACUCGUCGGAGAACGACCAUUCCCGCAAGCAGCCUGCAGGGGGCAGCAGUGGUGCCGGAGGAGAUGGAGGUGAGGAGCAGUUCAUCAAGUGUGUCCUGCAGGACCCCAUCUGGCUGCUGAUGGCCAACACCGACGACAAGGUCAUGAUGACCUAUCAGCUGCCUGUCAGAGACAUGGAGACUGUGCUGCGAGAGGACCGCGAGGCCCUGAGGAGCAUGCAGAAGCACCAGCCACGCUUCUCAGAGGAGCAGAAGAGGGAGCUGAGCCAGGUGCACCCGUGGAUCCGCACGGGACGCCUGCCGCGAGCCAUCAACGUGUCUGGCUGUGCUGACUGCAAGUCUCCGCCCUGCGCGCCCGCCACCGCUCCGUUCGACGUGGAGAUCCACGAGAUGGAGCUAGGCGGUGUGCUCAAAGACCGCCAGGGCGAGACAAACCGGUCGGAAACGCCCAUGGACGGAGCUCAACCGGAGGACGGAGAAGAUGGCGAAGGAGCACAAGACGGCAACCAGGAGAUGGCGACGGAGGAGCAAGUGACCUCGGCGGAUGUGAAGGAAAAGUCGGACAUGACUCAUUGAGCAGAUGGCCAAAGAUUAAUGACACUAUCGCAGACGUUUUCUACGCUGUGCAGAAAAUGUGCACCUUCCAACGCUCCCGGUGCCCAAAACCUUUUUACACAAGGUGUAAAAUGGGAUCUGCUGGGAGCAGAAAAGGGAAAAAAAAGGUGCAUAUCGAUGGAGACAACUUGUUGUUCGGCUGGUCGGGGCGGGGACACCGAGCAUCUUUGGAGGAAGCAGUGAGAUAAUCAGAGGACGAAGUUGAAUGUGUUAAAGAUUAAAAAGGCGCCUUUUACGUAAGAUGGAUGUGCUUCACCACAGUGUCCUCCGUCACGUUUUCCCUCCCGUUUGGGGAGCAGCUCGUGAGGCAAAGAGGGGAGUUUCUCUUAUUGUCGAAUGUUUCCACGGUUGUCUGGGAUCCGUAGCUCAGUCACAUCCUGUUUCUUUUUAAGACUUUAUGAAAAAAAAAAAAACAUUUAAAAAAAGAAACCAACUGUCACCUUAUAAACAUGUACAGUGCAAAACAGUUUACAAAAACCUAUGUGUAUAUUUUUAUACUUUCAUCCACCUCUAAUAGUAAGAGGAUAUAUUGAGUGUCUACUGUAAAAAUAAGGAAACCCACAAUCGAAAUAGGGUUUGCUAGCUGUGGGGCAGCGUGGACGAUGACCAGGAGGCUCAUGUAGACUGGUAAGCUCUCUUGCUGUGCACUGGUGUGGUCUCCCCCAGUGUGAAAUGACCAAUGAUUCUGUCACAGGCGGUAUUUUAAACAGCCAGCCGCCCCGAGGAGCUGUUGUGUCGCCCGUGUUCGUGGAUGUGAAAGAAGAGGAAGGAACUCUAGAAAGUCUGUGGAGAGUGUUUGUUUACCAUCGUUGUCCCCCCUCCCUUUUCUCUCUCUUCACUGUUCUAAUUAUGUGAUAUCCUUUUGCUUUAUGGCGUCCGUGGUGUCUGCAACAGUUUCCUAAAUAUUUUUGUGAAAUUCUUUGUACAAAAAAAUGACAAUAAAAAUAACUUUAAAUUUAAA